AUGGCGCCGGCGAAAAAGAGAGCGAGAGCCGCGCAGUCAGAUGAUAGAACCACGUCGGUGCUUCUCGCCGAUUAUCGCACGGCCUGGCUCCUCGCAUCUGACGAGCCUUCAGUUGAAAUCGUCUGCAAGAAUGAAACAUUCAAGGUCCACACGAGCGUCCUCAAGCAACACUCGGAAUACUUUGAAACAUGCCUGACCAAGCCAUUCACCGAGUCUGAUGGCGUGGUUCGCUUUGACGACAUCGAGCCCCGAUACAUGGCCUUUUACCUGGGCGUGGCAUACAGCUACUCAUCCAUCAUGCCGCACACGCCGCCGGCCCCCUCUAAGAAUCCCGAGGCCAAGGCGCUGCGCACGCCUCUCCGUGACUAUAUAGAGGUGUAUAAGCUAUGUGAUCGGUUCCUGAGCGGCCACAUGGGCGAAUUUAUUCUCAAGUGCAUCAAGACGGGCAUCGGUGAUGGGCACCGCGCCUUGUUUCGCUCGUCUGUGGACAAGGACCAGCAGAAGGCGCUAAUGAGAGACUUUGCGGAUGGAUACGAGGCGCUGGAGCCCGGCCAUGCGGUGCAAAAGGAGCUGUCGCAGAUCAUCAUUGAUUAUUUUGUCGAGGGCAUCUCUUAUGACGCUUGGGAUGACUAUAUGGAAGAGGUCAUGCACAGGCCCAAGUUUGUGGCGCAGGUCUCCAAGGGAUUCGCGAGAAAGUUGGCAGAAGCCAUGUCGGCGAGGUCCAAGAUGAAGCGCAAAGAGCUUAGCGGCCCAUGAGAAGCGAUUUAUCAGGAGAAGACGGAGAUUGAGGAGAGAAAUUUGCUAGCGAUGAGGUGAAACGGUGAGCCUUGUGCAUUUGCUGGGUUGCUCUCGACGUACUAACUGUGGAGGGGGAGUGAAGUCAGUCUGAGCGAAGUGAGGAUAUGAGGCGUCGAUAUUUGCGCUGGGGCCAGAAGAAUUUCGUGCUUUCUAGACCCGGGGAUGGCCAGCCUGAUUGGAGGUGAAUAACUAGGAGAACAGCAUUGACCCUUUUUUUCCCUAGUCGCGACGGCCUACUGAGGAUGGUGAAACAUAUACCUCAAGUGCUAAAUUUGCGACGGAUGGCGAAUGCAGGCUGGGUUUUGUUUGGUAUGUAUGAGAAAAAGAAAAUGUGAGAAAAAUGAACUCG